AUGGGAUACACCUUCCAGGAUCAAGAUGUCAUCCAACCAGUCAGCUUCCUGAAUGAACUUCGUUCACUGACAGUAGUGACAACUACACCGGCCAGUACUACGGUGACUUCUGCAAUCCCAAUAUCUGGUUCAGCAGAGGUCACAAGCAGGUUGUUGUUCAACUCCUCAUCUCCAGUCCCCAGUGAAGCUCUGGUCCUCAGUGCUGUCAACACUCUUCUCAAAUCUAGAGAACCACAGCUCAAUCAAUCAGUGAAAAUUGUGAAUGUCACCUAUGAGAAACUCUCAGACAUCUCAUAUGCCAUCAUCUUUACAUUUGAUCUGCCGAAUAUCAGCAUUUCUGAAGACCCUGUACUCAAAAACAAGAGCUACAAUCAAGUGGAGAGUAAUGUCAACAAUGCAUUGAAUACUCUUCUGAAUGAACCUACAAGUGCACCUUUACAACCCAAAUCAGCAAACUUCACGAGCACAUCUAACCACAUUGCGGGCAUUAUGGGAUACAUCUUCCAGGAUCAAGAUGUCAUCCAACCAGUCAGCUUCCUGAAUGAACUUCGUUCACUGACAGGUUUUAGUGACAACUACACCGGCCAGUACUACAGUGACUUCUGCAAUCCCAAUGUAAGAUCUGGUUCAGCGGUGGUCACAAGCAGGUUGUUGUUCAACUCCUCAUCUCCAGUCCCCAGUGAAGCUCUGGUCCUCAGUGCUGUCAACACUCUUCUCAAAUCUAGAGAACCACAGCUCAAUCAAUCAGUGAAAAUUGUGAAUGUCACCUAUGAGAAACUCUCAGACACCUCAUAUGCCAUCAUCUUUACAUUUGAUCUGCCGAAUAUCAGCAUUUCUGAAGACCCUGUACUCAAAAACAAGAGCUACAAUCAAGUGGAGAGUAAUGUCAACAAUGCAUUGAAUACUCUUCUGAAUGAACCUACAAGUGCACCUUUACAACCCAAAUCAGCAAACUUCACGAGCACAUCUAACCACAUUGCGGGCAUUAUGGGAUACACCUUCCAGGAUCAAGAUGUCAUCCAACCAGUCAGCUUCCUGAAUGAACUUCGUUCACUGACAGGUUUUAGUGACAACUACACCGGCCAGUACUACGGUGACUUCUGCAAUCCCAAUGUAAGAUCUGGUUCAGCGGUGGUCACAAGCAGGUUGUUGUUCAACUCCUCAUCUCCAGUCCCCAGUGAAGCUCUGGUCCUCAGUGCUGUCAACACUCUUCUCAAAUCUAGAGAACCACAGCUCAAUCAAUCAGUGAAAAUUGUGAAUGUCACCUAUGAGAAACUCUCAGACAUCUCAUAUGCCAUCAUCUUUACAUUUGAUCUGCCGAAUAUCAGCAUUUCUGAAGACCCUGUACUCAAAAACAAGAGCUACAAUCAAGUGGAGAGUAAUGUCAACAAUGCACUGAAUACUCUUCUGAAUGAACCUACGAGUGCACCUUUACAACCCAAAUCAGCAAACUUCACGAGCACAUCUAACCACAUUGCGGGCAUUAUGGGAUACACCUUCCAGGAUCAAGAUGUCAUCCAACCAGUCAGCUUCCUGAAUGAACUUCGUUCACUGACAGUAGUGACAACUACACCGGCCAGUACUACAGUGACUUCUGCAAUCCCAAUAUCUGGUUCAGCGGUGGUCACAAGCAAGCUGUUGUUUGACUCCUCAUCUCCAGUUCCCAGUGAAGCUCUGGUCCUCAGUGCUGUCAACACUCUUCUCAACUCUAGAGAACCACAACUAGAUCAAUCAGUGAAAAUUGUGAAUGUCACUUAUGAAAAACUCUCAGACACCUCAUAUGCCAUCAUCUUUACAUUUGAUCUGCCGAAUAUCAGCAUUCCUGAAGACCCUGUACUCAAAAACAAGAGUUACAAUCAAGUGGAGAGUAAUGUCAACAAUGCACUGAAUACUCUUCUGAAUGAACCUACGAGUGCACCUUUACAACCCAAAUCAGCAGACUUCACGAGCACAGCUAACCAGAUUGUGGGCAUUAUGGGAUACACCUUCCAGGAUCAAGAUGUCAUCCAACCAGUCAGCUUCCUGAAUGAACUUCGUUCACUGACAGUAGUGACAACUACACCGGCCAGUACUACAGUGACAUCUGCAAUCCCAAUAUCUGGUUCAGCGGUGGUCAUAAGCAGGCUGUUGUUCGACUCCUCAUCUCCAGUCCCCAGUGAAGCUCUGGUCCUCAAUGCUGUCAACUCUCUUCUCAACUCCAGAGAAUCACAACUAGAUCAAUCAGUCAAAAUUGUGAAUGUCACCUAUGAGAAACUCUCAGACACGUCAUAUGCCAUCAUCUUUACAUUUGAUCUGCCAAAUAUCAGUAUUCCUGAAGACCCUGUACUCAAAAACAAGAGCUACGAUCAAGUGGAGAAUAAUGUCAAUAAUGCAUUGAAUACUCUUCUGAAUGAACCCACAAGUGCACCUUUACAACCCAAAUCAUCAAACUUCAUAAGCACAUCUAACCAAGUUGAUGGCAUUGUGGAAUACACCUUCCAGGAUAAAGAUGUCAUCCAACCAGUCAGCUUCCUAAAUGAGCUUACUUUACAGACAGUUUUAACGACAACCAGCAGUUUGCCAUUAACCACAACUACUCCACCAACUUUGCUUGGCAAAGUGCUUAUAUACAUUCGCCUUGUGUUUGUCACACUGGGCCCGCUACCAGAUCCUGCUAAUAUUCUUAAGGUGGCCAACUCUCUGCUGGACUCAAGUCUCUCAACUAAACAAGCAAGCAGAGCGCAAUCCCUAAGUGAUCCUGUGAGCUUUGUUAAUGUAACAUUUACAAAAAUUAAUGACACGGCGUAUGGUCUUAACUUUGGAUUUGAAAUCAGCAAUGUGUCCAUGUCUCAAAAUGUUCAGUUCAGGAAUGGAACCUACCUGGUAGUUCAAAACUCUAUAAAUGGGCUGCUGAACAAGAUUUUGAGUAAUAACUCAGCUCCUGUGAUUAAUUUCCAACCAGCUGAUUUCACAGGUAAUUCCACAGUGAUUCAGGCCAAUGUGGAGUAUGUUUUCUCAGAACGUGAUGUCACACAGCCCAACAUCUUUGUCCAACAGCUUCUCCAAAUUAACGCAGAGAGCAGUCUGACAACCACAGCUUUACCUCCUACAACCACAACACCAUCUAUGACUUCACUAACAACCACGAUCAAAAGUGUGAUUAUUAACAUCCGUCUUGAGUUUAUCACACUGGGCCCAGUACCAAGUGAGAGUGAUGUCCUACAGCUGGUUAAAUCUGUGCUGGCCUCAAAUCUUACAACUACCUCUAGGUUAGCAACAACUGUGAAGGACCCUGUAAUAUUGGACAAUGUCAUCUAUUCAAAAAUCAAUGACACCGCAUAUGCACUCCUCUUCACAUUUAAAAUCAGUCAAGUGCCCGUGACAGAGACACAAACAGCCGCAGUCUAUAAAGAAAUACAAGACAAGAUCAAUGGACUUAUAACGCAGAUCCUACAGAGCCCCACUUCAUUUGUGCUAGUUCCUGCCACUUUCACGGAUGUUCUUCCUACGGUGAUUGAGGCCAAUGUUACAUAUUUGUUCACACCACAAGACAGCAAUGGCUCUGCGGGUGUUUUAGUCAGCAGUCUUUACUUACCUUUCCCCACACCAACUCCAACCAUCUUUUACACUACAGCCGCAGACAACAGCACAAAUGCAGCAUGGGUUGUGGCUAUCAUUGUACCCUGUGCUAUUGUCAUUAUGCUUGUACCUUGUUGGAUUCUCCUUUGCUGUUUGCUGUGUGGUUGCUGUGCAGCAAUCAGAAGACGUUGGCACAGGAGACGGUCUUACAAUGUACAGUACACCACUCGGAACAGCCUCUUCUAAAGAGUUCAGAGAUAUUUAAUGACUAAAACCGGACUGAACAACUAUUAGAAAUAGUGAUACAUGAGUGCAUGAGUGCCUUGGACUGAUUUAUGUUGUUAUUUUGAUGAAUCCCUUACCCAAAGGGCACGGACCAAAUAUUUGAGUUACCCCUGAGCACUUUUUGUUUGUUUUUGGAUUAAUAUGAGAAAUCAUAAUUUAAUUUUUGGAUUUUGGGUA